GCACAUGCCAGACUCCCAUGGAAAUCCAUGGUGGAGCAUGUGCAGAAGUCCCACCUAUGCUAAAAUCAUGUCCUUUACCAAGCACUGGGAGCUUGGCCAUUUGGGAACUGACACAAUGUUUGUUCAUUUCAAAGCAGUCCACCAGGUACUGAAGGGCUGAGUUCUGCUGGGCAGAGCACCUCUUCACCCACUGCCAGAAACAACAGCAAAUCAACUCCUGCUGAAAGGAGAUGAGCGGAGAUGAGCUGUUUCACAAAGAAGUUCAUCCUGUAUUUCCAUGUGCUUCUUGUUCUACAGUCACCUUGUCAACAGCAAAGAAAAGGUUUACUGAAUACUUUUUAAAGGAAGGGUACUAUAUACUUUAUGUAUAUAAUAAUAUACUCGUAUAACAUACUUUGUACAAUACUCUGCAGUUAUAAAGCCUUUUAUAUAUCAUCUCAACAUGAAAAUAGUCCAACUAGUUAUUUUGGUGUGGACAAGAACCAACGUGUUUACUGCUCCUUUUGUCCCUGUUAAACCCUGCUGCUUUUGUUAAACCGUGGUUUUUGCUCAGUUUGGGUAACUGCCGAUGGUGCCUUUGAAAAUGGGUAUUUUUAUGCAGUGUUUCCAAUGCUCUUUAAUAGCUGAGUACUUGAGAUCUACUGAAGUCUUGACUCAUCCGCUUGUGCUGAGACCCCAAACACACACUGCAGACAGGGGUUUGGAGAUCAGCCUCUCCCCAGCAUCACCUGCCGAACCACAGCGGACAGGAAUCACCAGGCCGGCUGUCUCUGGGCGGGCUUGGACUAGCCGAACACCUGGAAAAGUGACCGGCCCCCCCCCACUGGCUCUCAGGCUCCACUUUAAUGAAGACAGAUCAGCUCUUAAACUCACCAGUUUCAGCAAGCUAUAACCCAGCUUCUAGAGUUCCUCUGACCUUGCAAGUUGGAGUGAGAUUUUCUAACAUGUUGCCUGUUAAAGAAUAUUACUGAGUAAAUGUUUUGGUUUAGCAAAUACACACAUUUUCCUUUUGGUGUUUGGUUUUAAAAGUGUACAGUGCUUGGACUCCUUCAUAACAAGCCGGAGAUAAAGAUCAAGAGUAGUAAAUCAGCCAGACUCAUCACAGUUGGAAGAAAAAAGGUGCUCCAAAUGAUGUUUGCCACAGAUACCUGAAUUAUAAUACUGUUUGGAACUGAAAGACAAGAAGAUUCCACCUUCUGGAGCAUAGAUUUCAUGGAUUCAGAUUCCAACACUGUGGUGGUGACUGGUUUUGGUCCCUUCAGACAAUACCUGCUCAAUUCUAGCUGGGAAGCAGUGAAGGAGCUGUCCAAGAGAGGCCUUGGUGAAAACAUCAAUCUCCAGAUCAUGCAGCUGCCAGUGGUUUACCAAAAAGCCAAGGAGCAAGUCUGCAAGAUAUGGACAACUCUUCAGCCACUGCUUACAGUUCACGUUGGGCUGGCUUCAUCCGCCACAGCGCUCAUCAUCCUGGAGCAGUGUGGGAAGAACAAAGGCUACCAGGAGAGGGAUGCUUGUGGUUUUCACCCAGAAGGUGCCUGCUGCGUGCUAGAUGGCCCAGAAAAGAUUGAAUCUACAAUUAAUAUGAAGACUCUCUGGAAAAACAUCUCAGUGGAAGGGAUUGAUAUCAUCCUGUCCAGAGACGCGGGAAGGUACAUCUGUGAUUACACCUACUACACUUCUCUGUAUAAUGGCAAUGGAAGAGCUGCUUUCAUCCACGUCCCUCCAUUAUCUGAAUCGGUAACAGCAGAAUUUCUAGGAAAAGCAUUACAGACCAUUAUCUUAGCAAUGUUAGAACAGUGUGUGGAACAAAGAGAGAUGGAUCAUGUAAGAAAAAAAUAAUGAUUUCUAAGAAUGUAAUUCCUUACCUCUGAAAUGAAACAGAUCUAAAGAUUAUUAAAAACCCACACACAAAGGA